CCCAAAACUUCAGAACUCAUCCACCAACCUCAGAACUCAUCCACUGACCUCCAGUUUUGGCUGCAAAGUGACCAGCGCUCUGUGUGGAGAUGGGGAACAUGGAUGGGAAAGCAGUGGAGGAGCUGAGUGCCACCGAGUGCCACCAGUGGUACAAGAAGUUCAUGACGGAGUGCCCAUCAGGCCAGCUCACCCUCUAUGAGUUCAAACAGUUUUUUGGCUUGAAAAACCUGAGCCCGUCAGCGAACAAAUACGUUGAGCAAAUGUUUGAGACGUUUGACUUUAAUAAGGUAAAUAUUGUCCUUCCCACUCUGCUCUGUGGGUUGGCUGCGUGCUGUUCCGUGUGCGAUGGCGGGUGUUGGCAGUGUAGGUGUGCAUCUGCAAUGCAGGGCCUGAUUGAUGGCUACAUAGAUUUCAUGGAAUAUGUGGCAGCCCUGAGCUUGGUCCUGAAAGGCAAAGUGGAUCAGAAGCUGCGAUGGUAUUUCAAACUCUAUGAUGUAGACGGGAACGGCUGCAUUGAUCGGGGAGAACUGCUAAACAUCAUCAAAGCCAUCCGAGCCAUCAACCGCUGCAAUGAAGCCAUGACAGCUGAGGAGUUCACAAACAUGGUGUUCGAUAAAAUUGAUAUCAAUGGGGAUGGUGAGCUCUCACUGGAGGAGUUCAUGGAGGGUGUCCAAAAGGACGAGGUGUUGCUCGACAUCCUCACCCGCAGCCUGGACCUGACACACAUUGUGAAAUUAAUCCAGAAUGAUGGGAAGAACCCACACGCUCCGGAGGAGGCAGAGGAGGCUGCCCAGUAAACUCCAGGACACAUUCCUUCAAACUCUUCUUCCCCCUUCCUUUGCAUUAUUGACACGAAAUGGGCUGUGACUGCUGGAGCUGGGGACUGUCCCAGUGCCAUUCUGAUGCUGUGACGGAGCACUGGGCACCCCAUGAGCACAGGGACUGAUGUCCCCUCCGAACACUUGGCCCUGCUGACACACAGCACUGCGGGGGGAGCACGGGGGGUCGAUGCAGCACAACCUGCUGGGGACACGGCCGUGCCAUGCUGCUGCAGGGCUGCCAGCGCCCACCCCAACUCGGGUGCCUCUGAAGGUCGCUGCUGUGUAGGGGUGUGCAGAGCCCCACCUCUGUGGGCAGGGAGAGCUGCAGCACGCAGGGUUCAGGUACAUUAGAGCAGUCAGAGCUCUCACCAAGCCAGUGGCCAAUGCCAGCACCCACAUAGCACAUGCAUCUGGAUGGGAGCUCAGCUCACACGAGGACUCCGCUCCUCAGU